UAAGAAGGUUACAAACUGUUAACGUAUCAGCCGAUGAAAGCUGCUAGUAACAAUUAACAUUCAAUGAUAAAACUAUAUUUCUAUUAAAUUACUUGAUAUUAUCAAAAAAUUACCCAUUUGGUAACUAAUUCUGCUAUGUUAUUACAAACAAUUGAAGCGGUCAGGAAGCAACUACAAAAUGGUAGCCUGGAUGCCGCUGAACUUUAUCGUGCUUGCUUGAGAAGGACUGAGUUGAUAAAAGAUUUGAAUGCAUUUGUUUCAAUACAAAAGGAGUUUAGACCUCAUAAAUGGAGCAAGCAAAAUCCUUCAAGGCUGAACAAUAUCCCUAUUGCUAUAAAAGACAAUUUCUGUACUAAAGGUAUUCCUACGACAUGUGGGUCCCGAAUGCUCAAAGAUUUUGUUCCUCCAUAUAAUGCUACAGUUGUCGAGAAAUUGUUCAACCAAGGAGCUGUUAUUAUUGGAAAGUGUAACUUGGAUGAAUUUGCAAUGGGGUACUGUUGACUCUAUCCAUGGACCUACAAAGAAUAUUUGGCGUUCAAAUAUUGCAUAUUCUGUAAAUAAUCAAGAAGUUAAACUUCCUGUUGACUGGCGUAUUGCAGGGGGUAGUUCUGGAGGUAGUGCUGUUGCUGUUGCCACUGGAACUUGCUUUGCGGCACUAGGAUCAGAUACAGGAGGCUCAGCGAGAAAUCCUGCUGCCCACUGCGGUAUUGUUGGGUUCAAACCCACUUAUUCUACUGUUUCCAGGCACGGCCUUGUACCACUUGUUAAUUCAAUGGACGUUCCUUCUAUUUUGGCUAGGACUGUCAGUGAUGCUACUACCGUGUACGGAGUCAUUUGCGGCAGAGAUCCUUUUGACAGUACAACUGUAGAUAUUGAUAUAACACCAGAAAAACCUUAUCCUAUUGAUCCCAGUCAGAUUCGAAUUGGGAUACCAAUGGAGUACCAUCCCUCAGGUCUAUCAGAAGAAGUACUUGCUGCAUGGGAAAUGGUUGCAAGUAUCUUUGAAAAAGCUGGAUCUUCAGUGAAAAAGAUAUCAUUGCCGCACACCAAGUACUCAAUAAGUUGCUAUUCUGUACUAAAUCAAGCCGAAGUUGCCUCCAACAUGGCCAGGUAUGAUGGGCUUAAAUAUGGAUAUAGACCUAAUGAGGGAACAUCUGUGGAGAGCCUCUACGCUGAAGCGCGGGCCACUGCCCUCGGUCAAGUUGUCAAGGCUAGGAUACUUGCAGGCAACUACUUCUUGCUUCAGAGGAAUUAUAAAAAGUACUUUGAAAAAGCUCUUAAGGUUCGAAGGCUGAUAGUAAAUGAUUUCCUCGAGGUUUGGAAGUCUGUAGAUAUCCUUAUAACGCCUACCACUCUGACAGAAGCACCAUCGCUCUCUGAGUUCUGUAAGCUUGAUAACAGGCAGCAAUGCUCUUCAGAGGACUAUUGCACUCAACCUUGCAAUCUUGCAGGCUGUCCAGCCAUAUCAGUUCCUGUAAGAUUGUCUGCGAAUGGCCUACCGAUUGGGAUACAGCUCAUAGCACCUAACUAUAAGGACUUUUUUCUCCUAGCAGUUUCAAACUGGCUUGAAAAAAACGUUUCCUUUCCUAAGCUAGACCUAAUAGAUACUGAAACGAUAAAAUAAAUUCUAAUUAUAAAUCUUCUGUUAACAGCAUUGUAACUGUAAAUAUAGUUUCUUUUUUUUUUUACAUUCACAUGUUUUUGUAUUUUAAUAGGAUAUUAAAUUUCUAACUGAAUAAAUGAAAUUUUAUACCUGGGCGAUUUAUUAGAAACAUAAGAAAAAGCUAUUAAGUUCCAUUUAUAAAUUAUUAAUUAACAUAAGCUCUAUUAUAUUUCAAAAAU